ACAAAGGCAUUACCACCCACAGAACAUAUGAGUGGCUGAGCCAGAAGUGAAAAGUAGGUGCUAAAGGAAAGGUGCUUGAAACAAAGAAAUCUGAAAAUAUGCUAUGAUCUUUCAACGACUGCCAAGGAAUGAAACCGCAAUGUGCACUGAACUGGAUGGGCUUCCUUCUGUGUUCCCCACUUGGCUGUUUCUCUAUUGGUCCAUCUCACUGAAAACUACAUAGAUAUAUCCAAGAAAUCACAAGGAAUCAAGUUUGACUUAGAGGCGCGGUGGCUCAAUGCUUUAAUGAUGCUGGAGAUGGUCUCUGUUCCAGCGGUUCAAGUCGUAGCACUGCAUUACGGGCAAACAAGAAAGAAGUUCACUGACUCCAGGAGCAACCGUUUACCUAAAGACUAUUGAUUAAUUAGCAAACAUCACUUUACUGUUGUCUCAACUGUUGUCUCAACAUGGACACAUGGCGGAGAGGAUCUAUUAGGUCUUCAGGUUUCUUCAAGCGGCUCUCAUUCAGGAGGAACAAGAAAUUGGGCAACCAGGCUAUUAUCUUGAACCAGAACAGUCAAACAUUAGACUCCAAUGAACAGUGUGACAAAAAGAGGUUCCUAAGAAAUUUCAAAGAAAAGCCAGACUAUUUGUCAUGUCAAAGUGAACAAAAUCUUACCACUAAAACACAGCCGCCUCCCAAACCACCUCGCUUAUAUUUGGACACUGCCAGCUGCCCCAAUAUAAUAGACCACAGAGCAUCUUCCUCUACGGAUAUCUCCUUUUUAAGGACUUCCUGCCAUUUUCAUAAGGCUACUCAAACACAGCCUGAUCUAUUUUACAGAGCCCAAACCAUGAACUCUGAAACUCUCUCCAGGAACCGUAAACCUCCUUUUGAUCCUUCAGACCCUUUCUCUUCCUUCACACUAGAUUUGGGGCCCUCACUCCUGGACGAUGUUUUACAAACACUCAGAAAACAGAAUUUACUAUUAAAUUAGCUGGAGUUCUCACUAAAACCAAGAAAUUAAUCAGACUGACUCUUCUGAGUCAUGGAUCUUUGGUUCUUUUUAAAAUAAAUUUGUUCCCAUAAGAAGGUUAUGCAAUCUCUUAGAGGUCGCUAUUAAGUAAAUUAUGUUUUCUAUCUCACUGAUAAGGAGGCAAUAUACUUGCUAUACGUAAUCAAUCAGAAAUUCUAGACAAUAUGUGUAUGUGCAAGAGGAAGAUGGUUUUUGCAGGACGCACUGUAUCAUAUGGAAUGUAUGGGUAUGGUUGGAUAAAAUAAUCUUAAAUAUCUUGGAGCCCAACUUUUAUACAUAAAGCUUUCAUGGGAUACAGAGGGCAAAGGUCCUCAUCUACCAAUAGUGAAAUGGGAACUCUGAAUAUGAAGUUUAUCUUCCUUUGUGCCAGUACAGAAUUUUUCUAAUUUCUUCCUUCAACUUGAGGGAAUUGAUUGGGGGAAUUAAUAACUGCAUUUACAUCAUACUAUGAAUAUAAAAUGUGAAUGUAUAUGCUACUCUUUAUUAAACCAAUUUGUUU